AUGGGAUUUAUACCUUUUCUUGCCUUUGAUAUAACUUCUACUAUAGUUGUAUCAAUUAUAACGGUGAUUGGUAUUUAUUGGUUUUGGCUUAAACCACGUUUAUCCUCUUCUAAUAAUUCAAAUGAUAUCUUAAAAACAAUCAGACCUUUGAGACCAGGAAAUGAAUUAGUGGGUAAACCAUCAAUAGCAUCUCACGAGGGUAGUUUCGUAGAUCGAAUGUUACAUUCUGGAAAGACUAUGGUUGUAUUUUAUGGUUCGCAAACUGGUACAGCUGAAGAUUUUGCUCAACGUAUGGCUAAACAAGCAAAACGUUAUGGAAUUUCUGCAGCAGUUUGUGAUCCUGAAGAAUGUGAUAUGGAAGAAUUACAACGUUUGAUAGCAAUUGAUAAACAUUUAGCUGUGUUUUGUUUGGCAACAUAUGGUGAAGGUGAUCCAACUGAUAAUGCUCAAGAAUUUUAUGAAUGGUUACGAGAAGAUGGACGCGAAUUACAAAAUUUACAUUAUGCUGUAUUUGGUCUUGGAAAUAAAACAUAUGAGCAUUACAAUGCUAUAGGAAAAAAUGUUGAUAAACGUUUAGAUGAAUUAGGAGGUGUUCGUAUAUGUGAAGUUGGCCUCGGUGAUGACGAUGGAAAUAUUGAGGAUGAUUUCAUGGCAUGGACAACUACAUUUUGGGAAAAUGUUUGUCAAAAAUAUGAAUUAGUUAUCAAUGCUGAUGGAAGCUCAUUUAUUAGUAUGCGACAAUAUAAACUUGUUGAUGGUCCAUUUCCACCUGAGACUGUUUUUACCGGUGAAAUAGGUCGAAUAAAAUCAUAUGAAAAACAAAAACCACCCUUUGAUCUUCGUAAUCCAUAUUUAGCACCAGUUCUUGCUAGCCGUGAAUUAUUUGAAGAAGGUUGUUUACGAUCUUGUUUACAUCUUGAAUUGGAUAUAUCAAAUACACGUAUUAAAUAUGAAGCAGGUGAUCAUGUAGCUGUGUUUCCAUCGAAUGAUGUAGUUUUAGUUAAUAGAAUCGGUGAAUUGCUUAAUGCAAAUCUUGAUGAAGUUAUUUCACUUGUUAAUGUGGAUGAGGAUGCACAAAAGAAAAAUCCAUUUCCUUGUCCAUGCAGUUAUCGUACAGCAUUAACAUAUUAUUUAGAUUUAACAAGUAUUCUAAAUACACAAAUACUCAAAGAUAUUGCGCAAUAUGCGACAGAAGAAAAUGACAAAGCUCUAUUAACAUUAAUGGGUUCAUAUAGUGAAGAAGGAAAGGUUAAAUAUAAAGAAUGGGUACUUGAUGGUUAUCGUUCAGUUGUUCAUAUUCUUGAAGAUUUACCAUCAUUAAAACCACCACUUGAUCAUCUAUGUGAAUUAUUACCACGUUUACAUCCACGUUAUUAUUCCAUAUCAUCAUCACCAAAAGUACAUCCAACAUGUGUACAUGUAACCGCUGUUAUUGUUCAUUAUGAAACACCAACAAAACGUACUGUUAAAGGCGUUGCAACGAAUUGUUUUCAAGAAUUAUAUACAAAACAUCAUGCACUAGGACAUGGCCAACAUAAUAAAGAAGAAAAUGGUUGUGAUAUAGCCGGCCGUUUUCCUAUUUAUAUUCGUAAAUCAACAUUCCGUUUACCAUUUAAAUUCCAAACACCAAUUAUUAUGAUUGGUCCUGGAACUGGUUUAGCACCAUUUCGUGGUUUUAUACAAGAACGUCAUUAUUUUAAAACACAAGGUAAACCAAUUGGUGAAACAAUACUUUAUUAUGGUUGUCGAAAUCACGCUGAAGAUUAUUUAUACCGAGAUGAAUUAAAAUAUUUUGUUGACGAAAAAGUUCUUGAAUUAUAUGUUGCGUUUUCACGUGAUCAAGAAGAAAAAAUUUAUGUUACACAUUUAUUAAAAAAACAUGGUGAAAAAAUAUGGAAAUUAAUUAAAGACCAAAAUGCUUCAUUAUAUGUUUGUGGUGAUGCAAAAAAUAUGGCUAGAGAUGUGCAUUCUAUUUUAAUAGAUAUUUCACAAACAUACGGUGAAAUGACACCCGAACGUGCAACUGCAUUUGUUAAAGAACUUACACAAAAAGGGCGAUAUUCACAAGAUGUAUGGAGUUAA